CCUGACACACAGGACUGAGCAUAGACUGUAACUACAGCCAUGGCGACAGGCCUGAGCCAGAUGUACAGUGCGGCAUGUACUGAACUGAACCUACCUAACAACCCUUUCAUUGAGGAAAUGCUGCUACAGCUAGAGCAAUCUGAACAAUAUACAACUACUUUAAAAUUGUGUGGAAAUAAUCGUCUGGUGGCAGGAAGGAGAAUUACGGAUGAAGAUUUCCUGGUUAUUGCCUAUAUUCUGAGACACAACAGUUUUGUAGCAGGUCUUGAUUUGAGGUUCAACAAUUUGACUGACAAAGGCGCAGUGCACAUUGCAAAGUUCCUCCAGGAAGGAUCUUCCUUAUUUCACUUAAAUCUUAUGGGAAACGACAUUGAAACAGAUGGAGCAGAAUUAAUUGCAAAGGCCUUGCAUAGGAAUGAUACUCUAAGAAGCCUAAGGAUGACAGGCAACAAAAUAGGAAACAAAGGAGCAAUGUUCUUUGCUGCAAUGCUACAAAUCAACUCAACACUUGAAGACUUGGACCUUGGUGAUUGUGACUUGGGAAUUCAGAGUUUAAUAGCCUUGGCCACAGUUCUACUUAAAAAUAAUUCAAUCAAGUUUAUUAAUCUAAACCGUCCUUUGUUCUAUGUGCUACAGGAAGAUACAACCAUUCACAUAUCGCUGAUGCUGAAAACGAAUAACACUCUUCAAGAGCUCCAUUUGUCUAAACAUGAAAUGACAGAUUUUGGACUAGAACGACUCUGUGAAGCCUUGUAUGAAAACACUGCACUGAAAUAUCUGGAUCUGAGCUGUAAUAAAAUCACGCGUGAUGGAUUUAAGUGUUUAGCUGAAUUGCUAAAGACAAAUAGAACUCUGGAGAUCUUAGACCUGACAUCAAACAAGAUGGAUGACGAGGGUGCCAUCCACCUUGCUGAAACUAUUCAUACAUACAACAGCAGUCUCAAGGCAUUAGCAGUUGUGAGCAACAACAUUAGUGGGCAAGGCUUGAAGGUUCUGGCGACUGCAAUCCAGGCAAACACAAGUCUACAAUACAUAUACAUAUGGGGAAAUGUGCUGGAUGAAGUUGCCUGCAUGGCAUUUUCAAAUCUACUUUCCACUGGGCGCCUGAGCAGCUCCUCAACAGACGUACAGCCUUAUGUAGUAGAUGGACGUGUCUAUCUUGCUGAACUUUUUCAUGGACUCAAGAAGCAUUAUUACUGGACCCCAAGUUAUGGGAUUGCAGAUGAUCCAGUGUGCAAUUCUGGUCUUGCAAUAACAAAUGAUUAGACAUUGUACCAUCUGUCAUGGAUGUUCUU